AUGUCCUCCAAAGCAUCUACCUCCAUUCCUCUCUCCUACGCAACCGUUUCCCUCGGCCCUCCCUCCACCACCAGCACCAUCCCCCUUCCCCAGAAGCUCUCUGCACUACAUCUCGCCGGCUUCAACGGAAUAGAACUGGGCUUUCCAGAUCUCCUAGCAUAUGCAUCGCUCCGCAUCGCCGCCGCAGAAGUGAAAAAGCUGUGUAUCGCGCAUAGCCUGGAGAUCCUCAUGUUGCAGCCAUUCUCGAAUUUUGAGGGGUGGCCAAGAGGAUCGAAAGAGAGAGAGGAUGCUUUUGAAAGAGCGAAAGGGUGGAUAUCGAUUAUGGAGGCGUGCGGGACUAGCAUGUUGCAGGUUGGGAGUAGUGACACGCCGCUGGAGAAGAUGGCGCCGUCAGAGUCACGACCAGAUCCGGAACAAGGACGAGGGCCACGAGCAUAUAUUGUUGCUGACCUGAGAGAGCUGGCUGAUCUAUUAGGCGCGAAGGGAUUCCGUCUCGCGUACGAGAACUGGUGCUGGUCGAGCCAUGCGCCGAACUGGAAAGAUGUGUGGGAUAUUGUGCGGGCUGUUGAUAGGGAUAAUAUCGGCCUUUGUCUUGAUACAUUCCAGUCUGCCGGUGGGGAGUGGGGUGAUCCGACGACGAGUUCUGGUCGGAUAGAGGACACUGUUACAAACGAGAAGGAAUUGAGUCAGAGAUUUGAAGCCAGUAUGGCCGAGUUGGCUGCUACAAUUCCGCCGGAAAAGAUCUAUCUUUUGCAAAUCUCGGAUGCGUAUAUCCCGCUUGACGGGGAGGGCAGACCGAGGCCGUUGGAGAAGGGAGUUGUGGACGGGACAGCGCCGAGAGGCCGCUGGAGCCAUGAUUACAGGCCUAUGCCGUAUGAUGGGGGGUAUCUGCCUAUUGAGGCUGUGGGAAACGCGGUGCUGAAGACAGGGUUUAGAGGGUGGUUUUCGGUGGAGAUUUUCGAUGGGGGGGCUGAUGGGCGUGGAAAGGAAUAUGAAUUGAAAGAGUUUGCUGGGAGGGCGAAGGACGCUGUGGAGAAAUUUAUUGAGAGGUGUCUACCUGCUUAA